AUGCCGCUUGUCACUCAGCUCUCUGCGCUGGCCACCAUCGUCACCCCGACGACUCCCUACACACCCAUGGCCUCUCCAUCCUCCAUCUCAGACAUCCUCCACGAGAUCUCCAAAGCAGAUGCCGCUGCUGAGCCUACGUCUACUCUGGACCUCAAAGUGAAGUCCAGCAGCUCUGGCGCUGAAGGCGACGACGUUGAAGAUGCUGAGUAA